AUGUCGGUAGUGGAAAAAAUGUGGGAUUACACGUGGGGAAAAAUCGAGAAAACCGAUAUUUCAGCCCCGACAAGUGCACUCGGCCAGCCCAACCGAGUGCAGUCGGCCAGCCCAGUCGAGAAAACUCGGCCAGCCUUUGCAGUUGGCCAAGAAAUCUUGCACAGGCGGUCGAGAUCGAGUUCAUUCUCGGCCAGCGCUGCCGAGUGCACUUCUCGGCCAGCGCUGACGAGUGCACUUCUCGGCCAGCGCUGA